CUGCGGGCCCCGAGUCGCGCUCGCUCGCUCGGUGGAGGCUCGGGACGGCGGUGACGGUGAGGGGAGAGCGGCGGGGAUCGGGGCGGCCGUGACGGUAGCAACAAUAAUGAGUGGGCGACCUCGCGGAACAGCCAAGCGGAGGGGCGCAGCACCCAAGCGAAGAUCACCGCUGAGAUUAUCGCCGGCAAGGCCACCACAAAGGUUGCCGAGGUCUCCCAGAAGGUCACCAAGGGCAGAACAAGAGAGUCCCCGUGGGAGACCGUCCAUUAGCCCCAGAGCCCCACAAAGGCCGCGACCAGCUGCCUCACGUCGGAGGUUCCGCCCGGGCACCAGGGCCUUGAAGGAGAUACGCCAAUAUCAGAAAUCAACAAAUUUGUUGAUAAGCAAGCUGCCAUUUAGCAGAGUGGUUCGUGAGGUGGCUUCUCGGUUCACAAGAGGUGCCGAUUUCAGAUGGCAAGCAAACGCUUUGUUGGCACUGCAGGAGGCAGCCGAGGCGUUUCUGGUGCUGCUCCUGGAGGAUGCCUACCUCUGCACCUUGCAUGCCAGGCGAGUCACCCUGUUCCCCAAGGACAUACAGCUGGCCCGGAAGAUAAGGGGAAUCCAGGCAGGUUUGGGUUAACACAGCAGAACCCAGUAUUUUGCCCAGCUCUUUCCCUCCCUCCUUUGUGCACCUGUGCCAAGAAAACUUCUCUCACUUCUAACAAGGAGACAGGACUACUUACCGGAAGCGGUGGGAUAUAUGAACUGUGUUCUGCCACCUCGUUCCUGGGUGACUCUCUGACUGUACAGCGUUGUGGCAUGCUCAUUUUGAGUAGACGCUCAGAUAUUUUAAGCCUUUUUUAAAACUUUAAUUGUGCUGCAAAGUUCUUCUAAUUGGUUGAUGUCAGCAGCUGAUGACACAGUGCAUAUUAGCUGCCUUCAAUGUGUCUACUAGUAUGCAAACUGGCUAACAUUUCUUCGCCUCCCACUCUCUGAAAGCGAGCCAAGCUUACUGGACUGAGAUGUGUUUGUGGAGUAUAUAAGUUUAUGGAUCAGGCUGUGCUUGUGAUUGGGCAUGUGUAUCUCUAUCUCAUCCUCUCCUGAGCACAAACUUCACUGAGGUAAAUUAUCACACACUUGACUAAUAUGAAACUGCGGACUGUCGUCCGAAAUGAAUGUGAAAACAUGGAGUAUUUGGUAAAUCUAAAAGUGAUCAUUGGGGUGGGGGGGAGCCUUUAAUGAGCUGGCAAGGAGAUUAAUACUACCUUUUCCUCAUCAUACCCCAAAGAAUGAAUGCACCUAGCAGAGGAGGGGGAGCAAAGUAACUCGGGCCCUAUCUUGUCACUCCUCCAGUGAAGUUUCUGCACUUGUGCUGAGGAUGAGAUUAUCUAAGCUUUAUCAUGAACCAGAGGGGCAAAUCGGUAUUUGAUAAAGUUAAUGCUGACUGCUCCUGUCAUUAGUAGUUCCAGCCAACAAGAAACUGGCCAUAGGGAGCUCCUAGCCAAUGAAAGCAUUGGGUUUGCACUCCCUAGAUUUUUUUUCCUCAAGCUUUAAGAGCUGGUUUUAAUUAUUUUCCCUUUACUUUUGGUAUGUAAUGGAUUUUACUCAAUUUCUUAAACAAAUAUACAUUUAUGAUGGUUAAGUUUCCAUACCUUUGCAGGCAGAAGGAUAGCCCCAUUGGUAGUGUAGGGACUUGUACUGAUCUGCCCUACCAUGACACCUUCAUGGUGGGACCAGAGUAGUUGAAGGUUGAGACUUUGUUCCAACCCCAACAUGUGCUCCCCUGACGUUGUACAGCCCUAUACGUUUCUCGGGAGCCUUCUCUAGUUAUUAUUGCCUGGUGACUUAAAUCUUUUGGAAAUACAGGGGAGAUUUGGAUAGAAAGUGAAAUAUUAAUCAUCUUGUAGGCUUUAUUUUAAAGAUUUAUUCAGGGAGACUCUUUGUAACUCAGUUAUUCUCCUCUGAAGUAGCUUUUUGAUUAACAUAUUGGCUAAAAUGUCCCAAGCCAAGUGAUUUUAAAUAUUAGCUUCAUCUAUGUUUCCUUGUAGUAAUUGUUUUAAAUCACUCAGUUAAUCCUUUUAAAAUUUAAACUAUUUUUACAAGCAUUUUCUAUUGGCUUUUCGAAACCAUCUCAUAAGAAACCUUCCUCUGGUCAAAGAACGGCCAUAUUUUCACCCAAACUCUGCUGCCUUACAACUCUGUGAAUGGUAUGGUAGAUUGCAGGAAAAACUGAAGACAUAAUGUGAUUACUUGUUACAUAACAAAUAGAGCAAUUAUGCCAGAUGCUGAGGUGGAGAAGAUUGCUUUAAUUUCUAAUUAUCCUUCCCACUUCAGGGCUGGCUUCUCUCUGUGUACCACCUCAUUCAAUGUGUGCUUGAGGGAAAGGAUGAGGGGGAGGGCUAUGGACUUUUACCUGUUUAGAUUUUUAAAAAUUGUAGUCCAUUUAAAACAGUCAUUACUACAUAUAUAUUUUCCUCUCUUGUGUUGUCCAUGGCCUAUUGCCAGAUCUGAAGCACUAUUGCUUAAUAGUCAUACAUAAAUUAUGCAAAGCUCCAAACUUUCCAAGGUGUAGAUCUUCUGGCCCUUCAUGCAUGUGCUGGCUCUUUGAAAGAGAUUAGCACCAGUACCCUGCAUUUAGCCUGCAAACUUAUCUGUUGAGCAUGAAUCUUGUAUAUAUCACCACGGGUACACAGAUCUCAUUUAAUGGUGCUCCAGUUAUACCACAGAAUUCUCUUUUUUCUCUCCCUGGAAAAUAUGAAGCAAGGUCAAACUUACUGGCUGGGUCAGGAAGGUAGGAAGACCAGCUAGAAGUUCAGAAGGGUAUCGGUCCAUGUGUUACUUCUUACUUACUGACCAUUAUGCCACUGCUGUUUAGGGCAGCAAUGAAGGUCCUCCAUCUCUCUCUGUCCUUGGUCACUCAGAUGUAGAAGGCUUUUUUGUUGCUGUUUCCACAAAAAUUUGUUUGACCAGUCAGGGUUGUUAGCCCUGAGCUGAACCCCUGAACCUGGAGGACCGGUGGAUCACUCUUAGUCUAGUCUCUACCCUUUGACCUGUUUGGCUUGGGUGACCCUACCAAGAGCCAAAGCAUAAAGUCCUGACUCCAGCCAGCAUUGCUCUCUGGGUCAUUGAGACAUGCAAGCCUCCAAACUCUACGACAAGUUUGUCCUCAUAGCCGACGUGUUACUUGUAUAAAGCACAGGUAUUGUAGAUCAUGACUUUUUCCAGUCACUAGCCCUAGAAGGUGGGAUCCUGCCAUGUACAAGAGAAAUGGAAUAAUGUGGAGCAUGUUUCCGAGAUUUGGGGUGGAAAAUAGUGUUUAAAUAAAACUGUUGAUAAUUAUGAUACAGGAAAAAUGUGGUUGAAUUUUCCUGCUACAAAAUGCAGUGAAAUAAAGGUUUGAGUAU